AUGAGAUCGGUGCUGUACACGCCGGGUUCAUCGAGACAUCUCUACAAGAUCAGGGAGAUCGCUUGCGAUGCUUCGCUUAUUGACUUGGAGGAUGGCGUGGCCCCGGAGGCGAAGGACAAUGCCCGCGAGAGGGUUUGCUCUGAAGUUGCGAAAGGGGGCUACGGAAGGAAAGCGGUGGUGGUGAGAAUUAACUCGCUUGACUCGCCCUGGGGGGAGGACGACAUCAGGGAGGUGGCCAAGCUUACAGUUGACGCCGUCGUCAUACCGAAGGUGGAAAGUGCGGCGGACGUAAAACGGGUGGCGGAUCUCCUCCGUCAUCACGGAGCCAAAGACACCGACUUGUGGUGCAUGAUCGAGACCCCUCUUGGCGUGACAAGAGCCAACGAGAUCGCUUCCGCGCACGAGACCGUGUCGUGCCUGGUGCUGGGCACGUCAGACCUGACAAGAGAUCUGCAGGCGAACCACACGCCCGACCGCACCCCGCUUCUUUACAGCCUGUCCCGCUGCAUCUUGGCGGCGCGUACGUACGGCCUGCGCUGCCUCGACGGCGUUCACCUGGACAUGACGGACGCUGAGGGCUUCGAGCGUGCGUGCAGGCAGGGCAGGGAUAUGGGCAUGGACGGCAAGACGCUGAUCCACCCCAGCACGGUGGCUGUCGCGAACUGGUUUUUCGGCCCCAACGCCAGCGAAGUAGAGCAGGCCUACAGGGUGGUGGAGGCGCACGAGGAGGCGGCUGCGAGGGGGGAAGGCUGCGCCGUUUUGGACGGGAGCCUGGUGGAGCGCCUGCACGCGGAGAACGCUCGACGGAUAAUCGAGCUGCACGAAUCGAUUGCCGCGCUUGAAGCCGGGCACGAAGCGGGAACGUAA